UCCCUAUGAAAAUUGUACUCAUUACUGCCGUCUACUCUACAGCCCAUAGUCGCAACUCAACACUCCGGGCUACACGGUUCCGUCGUGUGAAACCAGCUGUGUGACAUGGAGAAGAAAGAUAUUUCACUUUCUCUGAACGAGGUUGUGAUCGUCUCUUUUGCCAGGACGCCCAUUGGAUCUUUUCGUGGUGCCUUGGCUGGAGUCCCGGCAACGAAGCUCGGUUCCAUAGCAAUCAAAGGGGCCGUUGAGAGAGCAGCGAUCCCGUUUGGAGAUGUGCAAGAAGUCAUUAUGGGCAAUGUGGUCUCUUCUGGUGCUGGCCAGGCUCCAGCAAGGCAGGCAGCUCUCGGAGCAGGUCUUCCACUAUCUACACCAUGUACAACAAUAAACAAAGUUUGCGCUUCAGGGAUGAAAGCAAUCAUAUUGGCAGCUCAGAGCCUCAUGUGUGGAUCUCAGUCUGUAAUGGUUGCCGGCGGAAUGGAAAGCAUGUCAAACAUACCGUACUACUUGGCUCGAGGAGAGACUCCGUACGGCGGAAUCCACUUGCAGGAUGGCAUCGUACAUGACGGCAUGACGGAUGCCUACCACAAUAUUCAUAUGGGUACUUGCGCUGAGCAAACUGCCAAGAAGUACGAAGUGUCACGAGAAGAGCAAGACAAUUUCGCAAUGGAAAGCUACAAGAGAAGCACAGCAGCUGCAAAGGAAGAGAUUCUCGCACAAGAAAUCAUACCGGUAACGAUACCGGCAAAGUCUGGAAAGCCCGACGUAGUAGUGACGGAGGACGAGGAAUACAAGCGUGCCGAUUUUGACAAGUUUUCCAGCUUGCCAACACCUUUCGUCAAUGAAGACGGCACUAUCACGGCUGCAAAUGCUAGCGGUCUUAACGACGGCGCCGCGGCUUGCGUUUUGAUGACCCGCCAGGCAGCCAUCGGCUCGGGGGUAAAGCCCCUCGCAAGGAUUGUUGGUUUCGGCGAUGCCGCUGUGGAGCCAGUGCACUUUUCAAUUGCUACUGCAUAUGCUAUGACAAAGGUUUUGAAGGAGGCUGGCUUGACAGCUGAAGAUGUGUCCAUGUUUGAAAUCAAUGAACCUUUUAGCUCCGCGGUGCUGUGCAACAUGGAGCACCUCAAUCUGGACCACUCGAAGGUCAACGUUCACGGAGGCUCAGUCAGCCUUGGACAUCCGAUUGGGGCGUCUGGUGCAAGGAUCACAGGACGCUUGGCCCUUCAUCUGAAGCAGGGACAGUAUGGCCUUGCUGCCGCCUGCAAUGGUGGUGGAGGUGGCUCCGCCAUACUUAUCGAGAAACUUUAACCCUUUAUAUGAUUGCACCCGCAGAGUAACACCCUAUGAUCAUUGACUUCCAGGAGCUUUCCGAUGCGUGCACUUCAUUUCUGUACUGACUAAGCCGUCAAGUAACAUUUCAGGCGAUUGGUAAUUGCCCAUCGAAAGUUGUCGCCAUUUUUUUUUGCAACAAAUAUACUGUAAGCUCAUUUGUUCCGUA